UAUCUCGGACAGGCGACAUCUGUGCCGUGAGGCAUUUUUUUUUCUUUCUUUUUCUUUUUUUACCCUGACGGAAGUCGAGUAACAGUUGAUUCCGUUACGUCCCGUUUUCCACUGUGGCAGAAAGCGGUGAGGCAGGGCGGCGUUCUCCCUGCGUACAGACAAGGCAGGUGCUUUUCAACAGCCACACGGCGGUCGAAGGCGAGCAAGUUUGCCUGCGGUAUACUUUGUCACGUGUGUAGUGAGCGUCAGGGAGUUAACGUCGUGAAAUUACCGGGAUUCUUCUUUGCGGCGUCAGCUUAGCAGAGCAGAAGUCACUGGGUCGCACGGACACGGACAACGCAGAGAGGUCACGCGUCUCCUCCGGAAGCGGUGUUCGCCUCGUCCUCCUCGUUCCUUUUUCACGCACUUUUCGUCGCAGCGCCGUUCGUUCCGGGCCGUCUGCUCGUCGCCUCGAGUCACGUGGAUGCCGCACCGGCUGGGAGGACCUCGUUGCAACAGUGGAACACAAGUUGGUUCGUCUGUGUAAACAAAACGCGUGCUUUCACCUCCAUGCGCUGUGGACGAAAACGAGCAAGCAAGCUUGCUGCCGCCGUACUUAGUUUUUCUCACGCAGCGAAACAACCACAGGUUGGCGAUUCGAGUCGGUAGACUAUACCCCCGCUCUGCUUCGACACGUGACAAUGAUCGCCGCGGUGCUCUUCUUGGUGUUUUUACUGGCGCUGACUAUAUCAUAUUUAUGCGAUGUCUUGCUUGUACGUUACUGGUUGCAUCGCCUACUUGGGCCGGAGCCCCGCAUGCCUGCCACGCGUAUAGCCCCCGCAAGAAUCGAGUUCCGACCGGGCGAAUACCGUAGGCGACCAUACUUGAUUGGCACGUUUUUACUGUGAUGCAAUGUCCGAGUCUUCAAAAUGCGGUGGCAGAACUCCAGCGUGUCGCCCUGCUAUAUGUGUUUGUAUGAUACCUUGCAUCGUCGGUUAGGCCGACGUGAGGCGUGUACUAGUUCCCGCAUUGAAGGACUCUGAAUGGACUAUUGUGUGCGGCAGAUGUCUCGAACGCUCUGACUGUGUGUAUACUGUGAAUCACAUGUUUUAUAUUCGAUGGCAAGCUGUACGCACGAACUACUUGAAUGUUUCACUCCUUUCGUGUUUGUUCCUUUCUUUGUUUCACAUGCCUUUUUUUUUUUUGCUUCUGACGGCAGUUAUGAAUUGAAAACGAGCGUGAUGUGUCCGUAUAGUUCGCAACAGGUUGUUAAUGAGCACAUGCUCUGUAGUGGAUCCAGAUCGGCUACAGUGACUAUAGCUGCGCAUGUGCCGCCGUGCCCGUUGCUUUUGCCGCUCGCCUGAUCGCUCCAUCUCCCGAACGUAAUUCCGCACUGCGUCUUCUCUGCAUCACGACAAGGUAUGCAGUGAAGACGUAAAAAAAUGAAGCAAAGCCCUGGGGAUCCAAAUUUAGCUUUACCGUGAAUAGCAGUUUUGAAUAGCAGUUUUGAGUUUUGAAAGCGGAGGAUGAACGCGUCCGUUGGUUCGCGCACAAUUCGUUCGCAUCUGUGCUGCCGUGUCGAGGCUCGUGACGUCACAGGCGCGCCACUCGGAGCCGGGGACAGAGAGUGGCUGCGUUCGCUCACAUAUGACCCAGUAAAGCUAGGGACGUCGCCCGGACUGCGCAGUGAUGCGCGGUAGCUGAAGGAAGGUAAUUACUCCAGCAUGGUUGGGUGUAAGAUAGUGAGGGACUGCACUGGACCGGAUGCGUGCGCUUCGAAAAAAAAAUUCAUGGAGGAAAUAGUGUAUGAGCCGGGAAAGACUGAUUGAUUGAUGGGUCGUAACGUCUCAAAGCAACGCAAUGACCAUCGGGUAUGCAACGUAUAGGGGAAUGCUUUGGCAUAAAAGCUACCGCUCAAUUUUCUUCGGUGCUCAAGAAAACAGACUAUUGGUUUCAUUUCACAUUGUGUCAUCAUUUUAAUAAUUCACUUUAAUCUUGAAGAGUCCCGAGACAUAAUUUUUGUCAUCGUUUCCAGUUCCGUCGCAUUUAGGCAAUCAACCGAUAAGACAUUUAUUGCUUCGUUUUUCAAGCUGCACCGAGACUUUAUGAUGUCCGAAUGGCUACUUAGCUGUGCUUGUUUGGUUCUUUCUUAUUUGUAAUGGCGUUGUCUUUGGGAACGGGAAAAAAAUAAAAAUAAUAGACAAAGAAGCUCCAGUUUGUGUACGCUAUAGGGACAGUUUUCAAAAAUGAAUUGCGAACCAGUCUCGUCCGUCAUUGCACAGCACCAUCUGCUCAGAAAAGGAAAAUAAAUAAAAGCAGCUGUCGCUGGCGAUGUAGGUGGUGGGAGUCGGAUCACGUGACGUUUCCGUUCCCGCCAGCUGCCAGUGCUUGCACCGUUAAUUCUGUACGUCAGAAAUGUGUUGCUCAAAGCGAUGCGUGCUCCAGUGGCAGUCUCUAGACCAGACCUUCUACAGCUUAAUGCGGCCGUACUUAAGUACCACAACUGAUUGUAAUUCAGCCAGUUUUAGCGGCGCCGGAACAUCUUUUGUGUCUGCUCAGUUUUCGCGCUUGACGAACGGUGCUAUCUUGCGUGUUUCUAAAGCAGGCGGCUACCAUCGCAGGUAAAACGCGACGGCUGCCAUACCGACGGCGUCCAGGCUUGCCGCAGCUAUAGGGACUGCUGACCGCACCGUUGCCCAGCCAUGGCGGCUGGCUACGCGGUCAUGCGCAAGAACGGGGUGGACUCGACCCGCAGCUGGCUGGUGGCGGUCAGCUGCUGCUGGAUCAACUUCUUCUCGGCCCUCAUGUACAAGUCGAGCGGCGUCGUCUACAUGGGCGUGCUGCGGACGCUCAACGUGUCCCGGGAGGAGGCCUCGUGGCCACUCACUCUGCUCGCCGUCUUCAUCUUUACGACCGCUCCUGUUGCAGGCGUUCUCGCCCUGUACAUCGACAUCUGGAAAAUCUCGCUGUGCGGAUGCCUCCUCUCGUCGAUCGCGGUGUGCCUCUGUUUCUGGGCCAACAGUGUGAUCCACCUCAUUGUCUGCCUGGGUGUCGUGCAAGGUUUCGCUCUCGGUCUGCUCACACUGCACAAUGUGAUCAUCAAUCAGCACUUCGAGAGGCACCGGGCCACGGCUUCGGGGAUCAGCUAUGCGGGUCCCACGUUCGCCUCCAUCGUUUACCCCCCGCUCGUCCAGCUACUGUUCGAGCAAUACGGACUGCGCGGCUCGCUGUUGCUCUUCGGCGGCAUCAUGAUGCACGCCGCCGCCGGUGCCUUCUUGCAAAUGGAGCCGAACCCGCGGAAGGCGUCGUCGUCGUACAGGGUCGUUCCGCGGGACCCUUUGCCGGAAGACGCCGAACGCUCGAAGCACCAGCUCGACAGUGCCGACAAACUCAAGGACGAAGAAACGCCGGCGCUGAAUCCACCCGACUGCGGUGCCGACUUCCAGCGUGGCGCCUCGGCGUCGGACCCGGCCGUGCGGGUGGAGACGGGUUGGAGGCGUCUCGCGGACGUGCCGAAUAUCCAGCGCAACGUGUCGGUGCUGCUGGAGCCCAUGUUCUACCUGAUCUGCGCCUCGUUUGCCGCGGUGCUGUUCACCAUGACCACGUACCUGACCGUCGUGGUGGACUUCGCCGUGGACAACGGCGUGUCUCGGAUAAACGCCGUGCUGCUCAUCUCGGCCUACUCGGUAGCCGACCUGGUGGCCCGCCUGGGCUCCGGCUGGAUCUCGGACCGCGGUUUCGUGAGCCGGGGCAACAUGAUGGCCCUGAAUUUUCUCGUGGGUGGUCUGUCGCUGUUCGCCAUGCCUGUGUUCGCGACGUACUCCGGGCAGGUGGCCAUGGCCGUGGUGUACGGCUGGGCCACGGGCUGCACCAUGAUCCUGGUGUCGGUGCUGCUAACCGAGCACAUCGGGCUGGACCGGCUGCCGGUCUCCUUCGGCGUCACGUCGUUCGUCGCCGGGGCGCUGUGCCUUUCCAGGCCUCCGCUCAUCGGUCACUACCGGGACGGGUCCGGCGACUACGAAGGCCUCUUCCACGUCGUCGGCGGCUUCUCGCUCUCUCUAGCGCUUCUCUGUGAAGCCAAGGAGCCAAGUGAGGGGCUCACGAUAAGCCUUCUCUCGUAUCUUGACGCCUGGCACACGAUUUCAUGCGCGCUGCGUACGUCUUGCAGUCCCAUGGCACACACGUUGCGGCGUAUAAGCAUGGAUUCGCCUCGCAGUUGGGUGGUCGCCGCGGCUUGCUGCUGGAUAAAUGUUUUCACUUUCUCCCUGAUCCGCUCGGCCGCCGUGAUGUACGUGGCGCUGCUGCAUGCCUUCCCGGUGACCAGGGAACGGGCGUCGUGGCCCGUCAACCUUGCUGUCGUCUGCUACUUUCUUACAGGUCCCAUUGCCGGAGUCCUGGCCAGGUACAUACCGAUAUGGAAGCUGUCCGUGGUCGGUUGCCUCGGCGGUUCUCUCGCCAUAUGCGUCUGCUUCUUCGCGCCCUCCAUGCUUUUCCUGGACAUCUUCCUUGGUGUCGUCCACGGCACCAGUAUGGGUUUGCUGAGCCUCUUCAGCGUCGUGGUAAACGAGCACUUUCUCAAGUACCGCGCAGCAGCCUCCGGCAUCGCCAACGCGGGCUUCACAGUCGGAGGACUUGUAUUCCCGCCGGUCAUGAAGGCACUGGAAGAGAAAUAUGGAAUCCACGGCACAUUCUUGAUUUUCGGAGCCGCCAUGCUCAACUCGGUGGCCGGUGCUUUGCUGCAACGCACGCCGCCGGUGGCCCAACCGGAACGAGACGACACUGGGGCCUCAAUCCACGAUUCGGAUGGAAGAGAUGUUAUCCUCAAAAAUGGCGACGAACUCGUGAGACCCCUUCGGUUUUCCGAUUAUCCACACCAACUCGAUGACGCAGACCUUUGUGGAUGCAACCGUACUCCCGAUCAAUGUUGCCAGAAGUUCAAUCUUUUGACGACUGAAGGGUGCAACGUCGAUGGCAAUCAGCCUCAGGGGGAAGAAUCAAAGCUUGGUAGCACUGUUUCAACCGAUUUCAACCACCCGAAAAAGGAAGUUUACUUUCCGGCGAAGAAGCACUUUGUACCAGAGCUAGUUGCAAAUAACGGAAUUCAAAAACCUUUGAACGGAGGACCUAAAAGUGCCAAAAGAUCUUAUUUUCUCUCUUUUCUCUUAUUACCUGAAUAUUAUCUCAUCACCCUUUCCUUUUCCACCAUACACUUUAACAUGACUACGUAUAAUACUGUCGUAGUCGACUUUGGAGUGGACCGUGGGCUGUCUGCGUGGAACGCGGUUUACCUGAUGUCAGCCUACGCGAUGGCCGACCUGCUGGCUCGACUCGGCUCUGGUUUGAUCACGGACAGAAAGUACUUGCGAAAAAGCACGGUGAUGGGGUCUCACCUGGCGCUGUGGGGCGCAUUGCUGUGCCUGAUGCCCAUGUGCAACUCGUAUCCGAGCCAGGUGGCUCUGUCAGUCUUGCUUGGCUGGUGCAAUGGCUCAACGAUAAUACUCAUAGUGGUCCUCUUCAUGGAGCUGGUGGGUAUCGACAAGGUCGGCGUCUGCUUCGGAACUGCCAAUGCACUCGCUGGACUUGUGGGACUCGCAAGGCCGUUGCUAAUAGGAUUCUUCAGAGAUACUCAAGGGGACUACGCUGGAUUAUUCAGCCUCAUCGGGGGAAUGACGAUGUGCGUGUCUCUGCUGUGGUUGUAUUAUCGCGUCAGAGAACGGGGCUCGUCGACGAGAAAAGAUGGCCACUCGUCGACAAUCUGUCCAAAACCUAAGGACCGUGUCUCAACAUCGUGAGAAAAGUAUCGGUACAAAGAAAGAAGUACUAUUU